GCCGCGGCGCUCAGUGUCUCAGUGCCCGCAGGCAAGCGACAUGGAGCUACACGUGCGGAGCGCGCUCGCGCUCGCGCUGGCGGCGGCCUGCUGCGCAUGGAGCGCUUCCGCGGCGGAGACGGAGACGUAUGAGGCGGAGACGGAGGCGGGGCGCGUGUGCGGCGGCUACGACCCCGCCGGCAACUACACCUACUUCCUGGCCGUGCCCUACGCCAAGCAGCCUCUCGGACAACUACGCUUUCAGGAACUGCAAAGUCCUGAUCCAUGGACUGGAUGCCGGCCCGCGACCGAAAUGGGACCCAUUUGUCCCCAGGAAGACCUUUUCUAUGGGCCCAUCAUGGAUCCCCACGGUCAGAGCGAGGAGUGCAUCCACGCCAACAUCUACGUGCCCCUGGAGUCGUUGCCGUGCAGGCGGGGCCGCGGGCGCCGCGCGCUGCUGCCGGUGCUGGUGUACGUGCACGGCGGGGGCUUCGGCUUCGGCUCGGGGGACCCGGACGCUCACGGCCCGCAAUAUCUCGUCAAGGAGAAUGUUGUCGUCAUUACCUUCAACUACAGGAUUGGAGCUUUCGGUUUCCUGUCCCUUAACUCGUCUCGUGUGCCCGGCAACGCCGGCCUCCGGGAUAUGGUGACGCUGCUGCGCUGGGUGCAGCGUAACGCCAAGGCCUUCGGCGGCGACCCGAGCGACGUCACGCUGGCCGGCCAGAGCGCCGGCAGUGUUGCCGUCCAUCUGCUCUCACUAUCUAAGGCAGCAAAUGGACUUUUCAAGAGGGCCAUAUCGAUGAGUGGUGCAGGAUCAAGAACAUUUUUCACGACAUCGCCAGCGUACGCGCAAACGGCAUUGCAAUUAUUCCUCGGUUUUUUGGGCAUCAAUAGCACUGAUCCUGAAGAGGUGCAUCAAAAACUCACUGUUCUUCCGCUAGAGCAGAUCAUGGUAGCCCAAAAACAAAUUCAUGACUACACGGGUGUUGUUUCGUUCACUCCCGUGGUGGAGUCCGAACACCCAGGAGUAACUAUAAUCUUGGACGAUGAUCCGGAGGUUCUACAAGCGCAAGGUCGAGGCAAACACAUCCCCUUCAUCAUUGGUUUUACAAGCGCAGAAUGCCAGACAUUUCGACCCCGAUUUCAACAGAUAGACAUUGUCGAAAGAAUUAAAAACAUGCCUGCGGUACUGCUGCCUCUAGAGGUAACAUAUAAAACCUUGCCGGCGGAGCUUCCUAGUAAAAUUGAGAGUGUUCAAAAAGAAUACUUUAAUCGAUCGUCAGUAGUCGAUUUGGAUGCAUUUUUGAACUACUGUACAGAUUCUUACUUCAUAUACCCUGCGCUGAAAAUGGCGAAGUCGAGAGCAGCGAAUAAGGGAGCUCCUGUAUUCUUGUAUCGGUUCGGGCACAAUGCGGACAACAGCGUGUACAAGAACGCGCUCAAUCUAACGUACUUCGGCGCCGGGCACUCGGAGGACCUCACCUUCGUGUUCCGAGCCAACUACGCGCUGCGAGACGUCACGGUCGACUCGCCCGCCGACAGCGCCAUCGUCACGAAAAUGACUUCAUUCUUCACUAACUUCAUGCGACAUGGUAAACCAACGACGAACGUUGAGCUCAAAGCAGACAUCAGCAUGUUUACAAAACUGUCGAAGGAUUUCUUCGCCAGCUUCAUACCAUAUUAUAGAAAACCAACGACAACCGACAAGGAAUGGCGGCCGGUGUCGGAGGGUGCCGAGGGCGCUCCGUACCACAACAUAGUCAACUACGAGGAGGCGGACCCGUGGCCCGCCUAUCAGGGGGUGGUCAAGUUCUUCGACAGCCUGUACGAGACCAGCGAGCCGCACGCGGUGCAGACGGCGCAGGGCGCGCUGCGCGGCGAGGCGGGCGACGGGCUCGUGUCCUACCGCGGCGUGCCGUACGGCUCGCUCCGGGGAGAGGCCAGGUUCAAGCUAGCCGGUCUGGCUCCGACGUGGACCGGGUUGCGCGAGGCGGAGCGGCCGACGUGCCCGGCGUCGUUCGCGGAGCAGUGCCUGUGGCUGGACGUGCACGUGCCGGCGGCGGGCGGGCCCUGGCCCGUGCUGGCGUGGCUGGCGGCCGGCGGCGGGCCCUACCACCCCGCCCUGCUGGUGCGCCAGGGCAUCGUGCUCGUCGUCAUACACCACAGAUUAGGUCCAGUGGGAUUUCUCUGCACGAAAGAAGAACAGAUACCGGGCAACGCCGGUGCCAAGGACGUGGUAUCAGCGCUGAGAUGGGUGCGGGAUAACAUAGUGGCCUUCAGGGGAAACCCCGCGAGUGUGGUGGUGGGCGGGCAGGGCUUCGGGGCCGCCAUCGUCGAGGGACUGACGGUCACUCCCAUGGCUGACGGUUUGUUCCACGGCGCUAUCAUGCAGAGCGGGUCAAUAUUAAGCCCUUGGGCUUUUAAUUAUGACGCGACUGAACGUGCUCUUAAACUUGGAAAGUUGUAUACCGGGAGUGACGCUAUUGCGUCAUCUUUACUCAAAGCUGAUGAUGUCGAUUUAGCUGACAAAGCCGACAAACUCGACUUGCCUUAUUACCCUUACGGAAUGUGCGCAGAAAAAGCUUUCAAGAGAGAAGAAAGAUUUCUAAUGGAGCCACCGUUUAAUUCGCUGUCGAGUCACAAAGCACGAAGCGUACCGAUGAUUGUAGGGUUCAAUAGUGAGGAAGGGUACGUCUUUGCGGCAAUGUUGAAAGCUUUGCGGAUAUUGAAGAGAAUAGUCAAAGAUUUUAAGAUUUUGCUCCCAGAAGAAUUGCGGAGUUUGAACGACAGGGAAUUGAAGCGAAUUAAAGAUAUUUAUUUUGAUGGCAAAGUUAACAUGUCUGACGUUCUGGCAUAUCAUAGAGACGCGUACUUCGUGAGCCACAUCCACCGCAGUGCGCGGCUACACGCCGCCGCCGCGCCGGUCUACUACUACCAGUUCGCGCACGCCGGCGCGUGGGGCGCGGAGCCCGAGCGAGGAAUACCCAAAACCGGAGCUGCCCAUGGAGAUGAACUGGCUUUUCUGUUCCCUGAUAAAGGGCAGGAAUUUGAAGGGGACGAUGGAGAGGUGCAACACACGAUGGUCCGUCUUUGGACUAACUUUGUCAAGUAUUUGCAACCAACACGCGACGAGACUCCUCGCUGGGAGGCCGGCACCGACAGCCUGCUGGAGAUUGCAGCCGGCGGCGCGGCCAUGAGGCCCUUCCCGCACGCCCGCGCCUGCCGCCUCUGGGACGACCUCUACGAGCGCCACUACUACAACCGGCCCAGGAACAGUGGCUAGGACUAUUUCUACACC